AUGCUCAAGGAGGACGGCUUCACCCAUGAGGCGUAUCUCGAGAUGGCGGUCCUGAUCUCGCUCUGCGCCGUGGCGCUCGCUGCCGGCCAGUGCCUGCACCGGCUCCACAUCCACUGGCUUCCGGAGAGCGGGCUAACGAUCCUGAUCGGCUUCGCGUUUGCGAUGCUCGAGUCGACGACGGCGCAGGGUCGUGCCGAGGAGCACGCGCAGAAGGAGCGCUACUUUGAUCCUGUCUUCUUCAACCUCAUCCUGCUGCCUCCAAUCAUCUUUGAGUCGGGCUACCACCUCAACCUGACGCUCUUCUUCGCGAACCUCCGCUCCAUCACGCUCUUCGCGGUGGUCGGCACCCUCCUCGCAACCGCCUUCACCUGGGUCGCCAUCUACUACGCCGGCGAGUACGGCUGGACGCCGACGGUCCUCCCGAUCCGCGAGGCGGGCGCCUUUGCCGCGCUCAUCUCUGCCGUCGACCCGGUCGCGACGCUCGCCACGUUUGGGGCGCUCAAGGUGGACCACGAGCUGCACUGCCUCGUCUUCGGCGAGUCGGUCCUCAACGACGCCGUCUCACUCAUCCUCUUCUCCGCCAUCUCCUCCUCGCCGCCCGCCUUCACGCCCGCCAUCCUGCCCUCGAUCGGGCUCGACUUUGUGCGCGUGUGCGUCCUCUCCCUGCUCUGCGGCAUCGGCACCGCGCUCAUCGCCGCCCUCGCCUUCCGAGGCCUCAAGAUGGGCCGGCACGGAGAGACGCCCCUCACGGAGGUCGUCCUGUUUUGGGCCUUUUCUUACCUCUCCUUCGUGCUGCCCGAGGUGCCGCACCUCGCCGCCAUCGUCUCCUCCCUCUUCGCGGGCGUCUUCAUGGCGCUCUACGCGGCGCCGAACCUGUCGGCCAUCGCUCGCCGCCACCUCGGCUUCGUGCUCAAGAGCAUGGCCGUGUUCUGCGACACGCUCAUCUUCCUGCUCGUCGGCCUCGCCCUCGUCCUGUACGUCGACAACAUCGACUUCAAGCUCGCGGGCGUCACCAUCCUCGCCUGCCUCGCCGGGCGCGUCCUGCAGGUCUUCCUCCUCUCGGCGAUCGUCAACCGCUGCCGGCCGCGCCCCCUCCCCUUGCGCUUCCAGGCGGUGAUGGCGCACUCUGGCCUGCGAGGUGCCAUCGCCGUCGCGCUGGCGGUGCAGAUGCACGACGAGAUGGAGGACAAGCGGAAGGGCGCGACCGUCGUCGCGACAACCAUGGUGACGGUGCUCUUCACGGUCUUUGGGCUCGGAGGCAGCACGAAGAUGCUUCUCGACAGGCUCGGCGUCGACCAAGGCGUUCCCCCGUACGAGGAGGACCCCGCCAUGCUGCGCGCCGGCGCCUGCGAGGCGCUCUUUGCGCUGCUGAUCGACCCUCUCGUCGACGCCGACGGCGACCUCGACGCGGCCCAGCGCGUCAGCCGGCGCGGCCACCCUCUGCUCACGCGGAAUCGAUGGUGA